AUGGGUGGAAAAGCUGAAAAGGGUACUCCUAAGUACAUAGCAAACAAAAUUAAGGCGAAAGGCUUGCAAAAACUUCGUUGGUAUUGUCAAAUGUGCCAAAAACAGUGUCGUGAUGAAAAUGGUUUCAAGUGCCACACAAUGUCUGAGUCACAUCAAAGACAGCUCCUGUUGUUUGCUGAUAAUUCAUCCAAAUACAUAGAUGACUUUUCAAAGGAGUUUGCUGAUGGGUACAUUGAAUUAUUAAGUCGACAGUUUGGUACUAAACGCGUGAAUGCCAAUAAGGUGUAUCAAGAUUAUAUAUCCAAUCGAGAUCACCUGCAUAUGAAUGCUACUCAGUGGGAGACCUUAACUGAAUUUGUGAAGUGGCUGGGACGUGAGGGUAAAUGUGUAGUUGAUGAAACGGAGAAGGGAUGGUUUGUGGCAUAUAUAGACAGGGAUCCAGCAACAAUUGCCGCACUGGAGGCAAAGGCCAAGAAAGAGAAAAUGGAUAAGGAUGAUCAGGAAAGAAUGUUAGAGUUUAUACAAAAGCAAGUAGAAAAGGGAAAGAAAGAUAAAGUUGAUGAAGAGCCAAAGUACACAGAAUUCAAAAGAGAAAGCAGUCAAGAGAAAUUAACACUUAAUCUUAAUUUAAAGAGGAAAACAGAAGAAAAAAAGGUGGACUUGCCAAAAGCAACAUUAUUUACUAAAACAAAGGAACCGAGUAAAGAAUCGUCGAAGAAACAGAAAAUGGAUUCAAAAUCAGCCCUAGAUGAUAUUAUGGAAAUGCAGGAAAAGCAAAAAGAAAGAGCUAAUAGAAAAGAUUACUGGCUAACUGAGGGUAUUAUAGUGAAAAUUGUUACCAAAUCCCUUGGUGAUAAAUUUUACAAAAGAAAAGCGAUUGUGGAAAAUGUUUUUGACAAAUAUGGCGCUCAAGUUAAAUUAAUUGAUGAAAAUGUCAAAUUAAAGUUGGAUCAGAAUCACGUGGAAACAGUGAUUCCGAGCGCGAAUCGUCCCAUACGAUUUGUGAACGGGGCGUAUCGUGGUCUGCGAGGCGUUUUACGAGAUAUAGAUACUGAUAAUUAUUGCUGUACUGUGGAGGUAUCAGAAGGUCCCCUUACGGGGAGAAUAGUGAAGAAUGUACAAUACGAAGAUAUCAGCAAAUUGGCGACGUAA